ACAUUGUCAGUGCAUACAGUGGAUGCACUGUCAUACCGAGCGCUCUGGUAUCCGAGAUUACAUGUUGUUUUCCCUCUAGAAUGUCUGUCUCGAGGCGGACAUCGUCAACAGCAUGGAAAAAUGCGUGUUGAAUCACAAUGCUCAAGUUUGUUUCACGUUAUUUCUCUUCGAUACGCUCACUCGUCAAUGCUACUUCCAUUAGAAACCGUUGCCAAGGGCGUCACUGCUAAGUGUUUCUCUGGACGCCAUUCGCUCGCGGGUGGCAUUUAACGACGAACGCUGGACUACUGGACUACUAACUCUACAGCAACCAUGAAUUCCGUCCGAUCCUUUUAGUGGCAGAAGUGUCUCCGUCCUGCAUGGCGAACCCGGUAACCGACCAGCCUCUACCAUCACUACCACCAGAUAAUGAACAAUCCGAGGAAGAGCCGUCCGCUGAAACACCUGAUGGGUCUCCAACAAAGAAAGCAAGCGUUUCAUCUGUACACGUCCACUGGGCUCAACUCCCGGCCAGUCUGACCCUUGCGGGGUGCCCCCCGGGACUGGAGCACCUCAUGGACACAGACCAACUAAUUAUUCUCCAGCAGUUAUCUGUGGACAAAUCUGUUCGUUGGGAAAACAGCAAUAAGUACAAGAUAUGCAACAGUUCACAACAGCAGCUAUUCACAGCCACAGAGGAAUCGGAUGCAUGCUCUCGGAUUACAUUUGGGGCUCACCGUGGCUUCAUGAUGGGCAUCACAGACUCAACCGGCAAGGAAGUAAUCCGCGUUGCUCGUCCAAUGAAAUGCUGCGCCCACUGCUGUUGUUGCGCGCAGGACACGCUCUGUGCGCACGAAAUCAGGGUGGAGAGCCCUCCAGGACAACUGGCUGCGUAUAUCAAGCAAAUAAAAACCUGGUGUGAUCCAGAAUUCCGGGUCUUGGACUUCAACCAUCACACGAUAUUUAGCAUAAAGGGACCACCGUAUUGUUGUAUUAUGCAGAAAAUAUGUUGCCCUGAGCAUAUAUCAUUCAGAAUUAAAUCACCGGAAGGACAGGAAGUUGGUAAAAUUUGUAAACAGUGGGCAGGGCUGUCGGAGAUUUUCUCGGAUGCGGACUCGUUAUCUGUUUCAUUUCCACUGGAUCUUGACGUAAGACUGAAGGCGGGUCUGCUGGGAUCACUGUUUCUUCUUGAUUUUAUGUUUUUUGAACGCAAGGGACGGCGGAAAGGAAAUAGAUUCAUGCGUUAGCUUAGAGAGAGGUUCACCAAUAUGACGAAGCAACUUUGUCCAAUUUUGUGAUUGACAGCAGAAAAUAUCGCCAGUGGGACUAUAAUAUUAUGUGCAUCAAUCGUCAGACUCCGUCGAAGCAUGAAUUCGCUGGGUACAGUCCAUCCUUGAUCUCUGUCACCCAUUUUGAGUCUCAGGUCGUUUUCGUUUGUUCCUCCCCGGCAAAAUGUAGCACAACAGCGAGGAUAUACCUUUGUAUUCAGUCUGCUACCCCCUAUCCUUCAUGUGCAAUGGCUAAUACUGACGCCAUAACGCAAGAGCUGAGCAAAUUGAAUGAUCUGGAAUCUUUUUCAAAGUGGCGGCUAGAGCGCCGGAAGCAUUCCUGCUGCAUACCCAUCCAACAUGCCCAAGCGAUUCUAACUAUUAUGUAAAUAUUUGGCAGUGGGAGAACAGUUUUUGCAACAUUAGUGGCGGUCUUUAGAAACAUUUCAUUCAUGUUGAUGUGCUGUAACAUUUGCAUUAAAAACGGUUUCCAUAUAUUUUUGUAUCAAUAAACGUUUUAAACCUGAACUGAAAGAUCAAAUUUACAUGUAAUAUCAUUUGCAGGAUUCGGUCAAGUAUGUUUAUGGCAUAACAUAUAAUAUCAUUCACAUAGUCUCUUUCGAUUUGGUUCAUUUUCAGUUAUGCAUGGGUGCACCAUGGAACGUUUCGUUUACUCGUUUAUUUUGGCGUGUUUAAAACUUAAACGAGCCAAAUUAAGUGGGCCUGAGUGAAUAAAAGUGCUUUUUCAUUUCAGGUAAAUAUCAACCUAACGCUUGCAAUCAUAUUGCAUCUAAACGUGAUCUUCAAUUUCAUGUUUGGAAUGUUUAUUUGGUUUAUUUGGUUCGUUUAGUUUGGCUCAUUUGGCUCGUUACAACCGUUAUGCACCCUCUUGAUAUUUUUCAAGCUUCAAAGUCUUGUGCUGGCACAACAUCUUUUCGUACUAGUGUUAGCUGAAAGAUAUUUUACAUAUAUCGUGUUGUAAAAUCACGUUACUUUGAACUACGAAAUUCGAUGUUGAUGCCGGUUUAAUUACAUACUCUGAAGAGGUUUAUGUAAGGCCCGAAACUUACUGAUAGACAUCUUGACACACAAUGGUCUAAUAAUGCAAAGUUCCAUUUGGCUGCCUUUUAUCAGAGUCUUUCAAAUAAUAUUCAUUUGAAAGACUGCUGUUAUUAAGGCUGGGAUUGGACUUGGUGGUAAGAUGACUCGUUGAAGAAGAGGCAAUAGACAUCUAUUGGACAUGCAGAUGGGGCGUCGCAGAAAUAUUCUGAACCAUAUCUGGAGAGGCUUGCUGAUUUUGAAAUCACAAAAACAGGCUUAAGAGUUGACCGUAGGCACCGCCAUUUUGGCUAGAAUUUGAAAUCCUAAAGCAAAUAAAAUGCCAAUUUCAAGGAUGGGAGUCUGUUCUUUGUUUUCUAAAGGACAGCCUCCAAUGUUUUAAAUGGGCAUUCACUUCAUUUUGAAGAGGUUGUUAUUGCUUUAUGUUCAAUUUCUAGCAAAAAUGGCGGUACCUAUUGGUCAACCCUUAAGUCCUCGCCGAAAAAUGUCGCCUGUGUUUAUAAUUAUUUGCUGACAUGUCUCACGAGGCCUGAGGUCAGUGCCGAAGUGGCAAAGCACACUUCUCGUUUGGUUUCAAGGAAUUUCUGUGACGCGAAGUACUAUAGUUGUCACUCAGUGUGCUGGUUCUUGAUUUCCGCUACGUGGAAGUCGAGUGAUUUUGUGUCUUAUUAUAUUGUUUUGAUGUUAUCAAAUAAAGUGUGAAUUAUUAAGAAAGGUUAA